AUGCUGCAGAUCCUGGAACAGGAGACCAUGCAGCUCACACCAGAGCGCUUUCGCUUGCUGCUGCGGGCCAUGAGGCUCGGCGAGAUAUCCGCGGAGGUCUUGGUGCAGCUCUACCGCCGUGUGGAGAGUUGGUUCCGCUCCCAGCAGCCCGAUGUCGAGGACUGGGCGCAGGUAGUCUACGCGCUCGCGCUGAGCGGUCGACUGGAAGAGGCAGCAAGUAUUGUGGAGACCAUGGAGACCGGAAGUGAUCCGGUUUAUCCGCAGCCGGAUGCGCGGAUGUACAAUCUGCUGAUCAGGGAGUUGGCCAAGCAGCGAGGACUGAGCACUGCAACCAGUCUUUGGUCCCGAAUGGCGGCCAGAGGCCUGGUCCCAGAUGGUGUAUACUUCCUGCUCAUGGUGGCGGUCUGCGCGAGCUCUGAUCCACCACAGCUGGAUCGGGCCAAGCGGUACCUUCGCAGAGGCGAAAUGCUGAUGAAGAGGCAGAAGGUGAACUUCCGCUUCCAGCAAGAGUAUGACGUGGCCCAACUAUACUCAGCGCUGAUGGCAGGCUACCUGAGGAUGGGUCGGCUGACGGAGGCCUUCACCGUCCUUGGGACGAUGCGUCAGCACGGCGUACGACCCAGUGCUGUCACAUUUUGCAUCCUCCAGCAGUGCUGCUUUGCGCGCAUGGAUCCUUCUUCUGACGUUCGGCAGCUUCUGCGAAUCAUGGAGCAGAUCGGAGUUCCACCCGAGACGUCCAACUACAACGAGCUUAUCAAGCUUCUUGGCAGAAGCAGGCUGUGA